AUGAACGCGACGCCAAGCACACCUGGGACACCAAGGACACCAAGGACACCGGGAACACCCGGCAGUUUGGCCAUGGAAGUGGCCCGCGUGCAGAAUUCGGCGCUGGCCGAGUUCAAGAAGCCCACGACGAUGGUGCGCCAGAAGAACAAGCCGAAGAUCCUCACCGAGGAGAAGUACAUCGAGGAGAUGUCCAAGAUCAUCCAGCGCGACUUCUUUCCGGAUCUGGAGAGGCUGCGGGCCCAGAACGACUACCUGGACGCGGAGUCGCGGCGGGACUUUGUCCAAAUGGCCGAGAUCCGGGAGCGCUACAGUCUGGGCAGGAUUCCCGGAACGGGCAGAAGCGCCAGCCGAAGGAACAAUCAGCGCAAUAAUGCCAUGUCCCCGGCCACAUUUGAGACGCCAGUUAGCCACGCCGGCGGCAGCAACACACCAUUGCCCAAUUCCCGGGCCACCGACACCCCUUUUUCAACCACCAAUUCCGAGAAGAGCUUGGCCGAGGGCGGGGACACCACCACCUCGAAGCUCUCCCUCGACGCCUUCCUGCAGAACUACACCAGCGAGGAUAACCAGAGUUUCCAGGAGAUCAUCGAGACGGCGGAGGCCAAGCUGCGCCAGAAAUACGCCGUGCUGUACAACCACGAGAAACUCUCCGCGGAGCAACUGCAGCGCGCUUUAAUGCUGCCCAGCAUAGAGAAGCAGUUCGAAGAGCCAGAUCCGCUGCGAAAGAUCGAAACGUGGAACUACACCAACAUGAACUCGGUCAUGUAUGUGCCCGAUGGCGUGGAAUAUACGGAGGAGGAGCGUGUCCAGCUGGCGGAGCGUAAGCAGAGCAUUCAGCACAAUGCCACCAGGCUGCCGGAUGAGGCGCAACACCGGGAAACGGAGGGCAAGAAGUCCGACGAGGUGCCGGCGAAUGGGGCCAGUGAGGCGACGGCCACGCCGAAGAUACGCGGAUUCGAUCUGCUGCGGUCACCCUCGCCGCGGCCCGGCGAGGCCUUCUCGCCCAUCAUGACCUGGGGCGAGAUCGACGGCACUCCCUUUCGCCUGGACGGCGGCGAUACCCCGCUGCGGCCCACCCAGGGACCUUCGUUCCGGAUCAACGAAAACUCGCGGCGCGAAAACAUUGCUAUCGCUCUGGCCGAGAAGGUCAGCGAGAAGAUGCGCAAUCAGAAGCAAAUGGCCCUGGAUACGGCGCGUCGAAACAUUGGCUCCCCGCUGAUACGCACCAAUAUGGAGCGCCUGGCCAGCAUGUCGCCAGCGGCCCAACUACUGGCCACUGGGAAGCUGGGCCUCCGCGGAACGCCCCGGUUAUUGCACACCCCGUCACCGUUGAGCGCCAGGAAGCGCAAGAUAACGCCCGGCGUGGUGAGGAGCACCAACACGCCACUGGGGCCGCCGAAACAGCAGCCAGGCAAGGUCGGCACACCGGCCAAGGGCUCCGCCAUCGACACGGGCUCCACACUCACGGACGAUCUGCUCAAGAUACCCACCAAGCGACGCUCGGCAGCCGAUUUCUUUUAGCAAAUAGCACUGUCUAAAGAAUCCUGUUUGUGUUUAGUUUCAAUACAAUACCUCUUAAUCUUAAA